GCCAUGGAAGAGCUGGUGGAUGCUGGUCUGGUAAAAGCCAUUGGAAUCUCCAACUUUAACCACGAGCAGAUUGAAAGAAUCCUGAACAAACCAGGACUGAAGUACAAGCCUGCAAAUCACCAGAUUGAAUGUCAUCCAUACCUCACCCAGGAGAAGCUGAUCAAGUACUGUCAAUCCAAAGGGAUUGCUGUGACAGCGUACUGUCCCCUUGGCUCUCCUGACAGGCCAUGGGCUAAGCCAGAGGAUCCUUCCCUUCUGGAUGACCCCAAGAUCAAAGAGAUUGCAACCAAGCACAACAAAACCCCAGCACAGGUUCUCCUUCGCUUCCAGAUCCAGAGAAAUGUGAUUGUGAUUCCCAAGUCUGUCACACCACAGCGCAUUGUGGAGAACUCCAAGCUGUUUGACUUUGAAUUGACUAAAGAGGAGAUGACAACCAUUCUCAGCUGUAACAGAAACUGGAGAAUCUGUGCAAUGAGCAUGUCCAAAACUCACAAGGAGUACCCUUUCCAUGCAGAAUACUGA